AUGGAAAUUAAAAAAGUGGGAAACUAUACAUUAUACUAUGAGAGAUAGCUUGGAAAAGGUGUUUUAGGAGAAGUAAUAGAAGGAGAAAGAAUUGAUAAUAAAGAAAAAGUUGCAGUAAAAAUAGUGAAGAAAUCAGCUCUUUAAGAUAAAUAAAGAUUCGAAAAGUAAUGUUCAGUUUUAAAUAAGUAUUGGACUAAGUAAAUGCCUUUAAAGAGAGAUUAUUAUCUAAAAAAGUCUAAAUAAUCCAAAUAUUAUUAAAAUGUAUGAAGCCAAAGAGUCUGCAAAUAAUAUUUAUAUGUUUAUGGAGAAAGGAGAUUGUACUCUUUUAGACUAUUAGAAAUAAAGUAUAUGGCAAUUAUUAUUUUUAAGAAUUAUUUGAUAAUGACAGUGUUACAUAAUUAAUGAAAUAAUUAUUGUCUGCUUUAUAAUAUAUGUCUGAAGUUAAAAUAAUAAAUCAAUUGUAAGAUGAUAAAGAAUAUGAGGGAAUUUGUCAUUUAGAUUUAAAGCCAUAAAAUAUUCUUAUGGUAGGAAAUAUACCUAAAAUCACUGAUUUUGGAAUGUCUAUAUAGAAAAACUAAGAAUAAAGUGAAAAGUUAUUAAAUUCUGAGGAUGAAUUAUGCUAAACUCAUCACUUUUACUUAGGAAAGGGCACUUUAGUAUGAUUUUAUAUUUUAAGUUUGAAAU